AUGGCGGGGUGGCUCUCUUGGAUAUGCCUCACUGUAGGCCUCCACAAAGUGCUGGCGAUGGACGCCGUGGCCGACGAGGGCGACCUAUACUCCGAGAACAUCUCCCGCAUCCUCGACAAGCUCUUGGACGGCUAUGACAACCGGCUCCGACCUGGCUUUGGAGGCAGAGGCAACCCAGGAGCGGUGACGGAAGUCAAGACGGACAUCUACGUGACCAGCUUUGGUCCUGUAUCAGAUGUGGAAAUGGAAUAUACGAUGGAUGUUUUCUUUCGGCAAACAUGGAUUGAUGAAAGGUUGAAAUUUGGUGGGCCUACAGAAAUUCUGAAACUGAACAAUUUGAUGGUCAGCAAAAUAUGGACACCAGACACCUUUUUUAGAAAUGGAAAGAAGUCAAUUGCUCACAAUAUGACAACACCUAACAAACUUUUCAGGAUAAUGCAAAAUGGCACCAUUCUCUACACAAUGAGACUCACCAUCAAUGCUGACUGUCCAAUGCGUCUGGUAAACUUCCCUAUGGAUGGGCAUGCUUGUCCACUGAAGUUUGGGAGCUAUGCCUAUCCUAAAAGUGAGAUUAUUUACACCUGGAAAAAAGGACCAUUGUAUUCCGUGGAAAUACCACAAGAAUCUUCCAGUCUUCUGCAGUAUGACCUGAUAGGGCAAACAGUCUCUAGUGAAACAAUAAAAUCCAAUACAGGUGAAUACGUAAUAAUGACUGUUUAUUUCCACUUACAAAGGAAGAUGGGCUACUUCAUGAUACAGAUAUAUACUCCUUGCAUCAUGACAGUUGUCCUUUCACAGGUGUCUUUCUGGAUUAAUAAGGAGUCUGUUCCAGCUAGGACAGUUUUUGGGAUCACUACUGUCCUAACGAUGACCACGCUGAGCAUCAGUGCCCGCCACUCUUUGCCCAAGGUGUCUUAUGCUACUGCCAUGGAUUGGUUCAUUGCAGUGUGCUUUGCCUUUGUCUUCUCCGCGCUUAUCGAGUUUGCAGCUGUCAACUACUUUACGAAUCUUCAGACUCAGAGAGCGAUGAGGAAGGCAGCCAGGGCCGCCGCACUAGCAGCCGCGCUCUCAGCAGCUACCGUACCGGCGGAGGACGAGAUAGUCUCGCAUUCUGACUCCAACUGCAACCUGAAGAAGCGAAUGAACUCUCUGACCUCUCAAACAGAGCACUCCCCUGACAUAAGCAUAUUGUCCAACAGUGCAUCUCAAGGCCAACCAGCAUCCGUUCCUUCGCCUCCACCGCCAACUCCACCACCACCACCACCUAUUGGAGGCACAAGUAAAAUAGACCAGUACUCUAGGAUCCUUUUUCCGGUGGCAUUUGCAGGAUUCAACCUAGUGUACUGGGUAGUGUACCUUUCAAAAGACACUAUGGAAUUCUUUGAGCCUACUGCAAUGCAUCUUCGAAAUGACCAUCAGCCCAACUGA